AUGUUCCAAGUAGUAAAAAAUAUUAUUUCCUCAGUAUCAAUUGAUCCAUCGUCGAACAGUGAAUCUACUAUAUCAGAUUCAGAUACGACCGAAAGUGACCUUGCAUUGGCAAUGGAAGGCUCACUGAAGCUAAAAGAGAACAAAGAGAAAGAAAAACACAAGGAUCCUGGCUCAAAAACAGAUGUACCCCGAAAAGAGGUCAAACACUCAGCAGAAAAGGAGGAUGCACCCGAAAAAACACACAACGAAAUGAAUAAAUCCAACAAUAGAUCACCCAGGCAUGGAUUUAAAACUAAAGAGGAGACGGAGUCAAAAUUAAAUCUGGACGUCCCAGAUUCGUUGCCUAAUCAGGCAGUAGAUGAGUACCUUAACGAGUUCCUGGUGAGCAUCGUCCACAGGUUCUACGAACAUAAAACGUUCGACGAGUACACAAAGGUACGCGACUACAACUUCGGAAAGACGAAGCUGGAGUUGCUGAAUAAGUUCAGAGACACAUCGUCGAACCUGAAGGAGUUCAUCGUAAACGGAGUGAUAGACGUGCCGAUGGAAAACCUGCUAGCACUGGUGAUGGAAUUGAGCAACAGAACCAUGUGGGACGACACGUACCUGGAGCACACAAUGCUGAGUUACGACGAACCGACGAAGACGGACUUUAUACACUCGGUCUCAAAGUACCCGUUCCCGCUGACGAAGAGAACGUACACGAUCACGAGAACCUGCUACAGCUACGGAGAAGACUGCCUAGUGAUACUGAGCUCAACGACGGAUAAGAUGCAGGCGCCGAAGAAGUUCAAGUGGGCGACGCAAGUGGACCAGUUCGAGAGCAUGCUGGUGGUCAGGAACUGCGAGCCCGAGCUGGUGAACGGAGAGAAGAAGGUGACGAAGUCGUACAUGCUCGCGACGUACUUCGAGAACCCGAAGGUGCUGCUGCCGAACUCGUACUUAAAUUUCAUCAUCGGGCAGCUGGUGCCAGGCAUACUGUCAAAAAUGGUUAUCGCAUCGAAGAAGUUUAACUACGAAGAGUCAGUAAAAUAUGUAAAGACGAUGAACUUGGUCCCAAUGCCAAGAAGUAAUUGA